AAUCGGUUUAUGUGGUUUUGAUAAUCCCAUGCGAGAUCAAAAAACUGAAGAAUUAAAAAAACAUAUUGGCCAGGGCGUUAAAAUAAAAAUGGACGAUGCUGGUAACAUAUUGAUAAGACGUUAUGCCAAAAGUAAUGUUUAUGUUAAAAGUACCGCCAGCAAUCAAAAUGAGGAAACGUCUAUAGGUGCCGAUAUCUUGAAACUACCAAAUCAGGCAUUAGAAAGUGAAAAAAUAGUCAAAUUAUUUGAUAUGAAAAAAUUUCAAUCAAAUGUUAAUCGCGAACUGCGACGAGCCUAUCCAGAUCGUCGUCGUUUGGAAACACAAUGUUUGUCAGCGGUAGCUUUUGUUAAAUCCGAAAGUGACAUAUUAGAAUGUCCCAUAUGGGUAUUGAUUGUAAAUGUUGUUGCAAUGGAUAUGCUUAAAUCUAAAUUGCCACCAGUGCAACGUCCUAUUGUCGAUAUUAAAAAUCGUCCUAGAAUACCAAUACCAGAUGAGGAUCCCUACAGUGUUGCAGGUAAUGGUAGUGGCGGUAGUUCGGGUAGCUCUGGUUUUGGUGCUAGUGCAAUGAGUAGUAUGAUGUCUUUGCAACAGCAGCAACAACUUUUACAGCAACAAUCACAAAGUAUGACAAGUAAUAAUGGCAGCAACAAUAAUACAGGAGUUGGCAUCACUACAAAUGGCAGCAGCAGUACACUGCAACAUUUAAAUAAUGGCAUGGUAGCCGGCAUGAAUGGUAGUGGUCAUGUUGCUGCCACCAGAGAACAAUUGAUAAUGCAAUCACAACAAUUGGCUCAUAAACGCAGUGAGAAACCACCAAAAUUGCCACCAAGAGAUAAUAUAUAUGGACAUGAUAUACCUAAGCCCGACUAUGAUGACAUCGAAUUGGAUACACGUAUUAAAUUGUCACGUGGUAAAUCGGAUAAAGGCAAAGACAAUAAAAAAUAUGAUGAUCCCUACUAUUGUGGUCUACGUGCACGUGUACCAAACUUUGUGAAAACAUCCUCAAAGGCGGCUAAAGAACAGCCAGCACUACAGAAUGGCGCAGCAACUCAACAACAACAGCAUAUGAAUACAUUAACCAACCAAAAGAAGACUUCGGUAAUGAUGCCCAUGCAUCCCACAAUGCAUGCACCACAACCGCCCCAUAUGCAUCCCCAACAUAUACAGCAACAACAAAUGAUGGCAGCCGUAGCAGCACAUGCUGCAGCUCAGCAACAACAGCAUCAUCCCAUGCAUCAUCAUCAACAACAAAUGUGGCAAACACGCAGUUAUGAAAGCGGCAUAGGUAUUUAUAAACAUAAUGCUACAACGACUACAACGACAGCUGCCAGUACAGCGACUGCGACUACGAACUUUAAUACAGACUUGCAACAACAAUUGCAACAUCACCAGCAACAGCAACAACAACAUUUACAGCAACAACAACAACAAUUACAGUUACAGCAAUUACAAACGGCUUCAAAUAAUUAUUAUCCUAGCACUCAUAAUGCUAGUAGUUCUCUUUAUAACUAUCUUGCACCCAAUUACCAUCACCAAGAGCACCUUCUUCAUCAACAGUCACAAUUACAACUACAACAACAACAACAACAGCAACUUGUCAAUAAUUCUUCUCCUUCUACAGCUUCUUCUUCUACUCUAACUACUAAUCCUCUUUCUAAUGCUAGCAAUAUUAUGCCUACUACGCCUUCCUCCUUACCAAUUGGUCACUUGACUAAUACCACAAAUGCCAUUGCACCAUCAACUUCAAUACAAUUAAGCACUAAUUUGACAUUUGCCACCAGUCCCCCCACCAUUAAACAAACUGAAACUAAUCAUGAAAAUAUAUACGGACAGACUAGAAAUCUUAAUUCCCAUCAUAAUCCACCACCUCUUAAAGGUGGACAUCAUCAUUCUCAUCAUCGUCAUCAACACUCACAUCAUUCUCAUCAACAUCAGCAUCGACGUUCACAUCAUCAUGGUUCUUAUGGCUGUCAAAUGCAUUCUGCACAUCCUUCUGCCCGUUCUACACCGGGUGAAUUUCGUUUUAAAACUCAUGAACCUUUCUAUGAUGAUUACGAUCACAGACAUUCUAAGGCAUAUCGACCUUCUCGUAGAUCCUCUUCUAACACCUCUCAAAUCGAUGGCAAUUGUAAUUGCGUCAGUUGUUAUACUUUAGCUCCGCUUUUUGGGGCACCCACACCCAAAAGACCGCCCCGAAGUUUAAGCCAACAACAGCUGCGGCAGCAUCAACGUUUGAGUGGUGCCAAGAAUCUGUAUAAAAACGAAUUAAAGCGCGGUGUUGUUAAGUGGUGCAGUGACAGUGAUGUUUCCCUGCUGGGUCGUGAGGAACAGGAACAGAGUGAGGCUUCAGAUGACUAUAGGGCUUAUGCAAAUCGUAAAGCUUUCCAUGAUGAUUCCUUUAAUUAUGACGAUUUUAAUUUAGAUCAAGAUUUUGAUAUAGAAAACUUUACUUUAACACAAUUGGACUAUAAAAAACAAAUACAAAAACCCAAGACUCAAAAAUUUAAUGGUUAUGCCGCCAGACAUAGUAAAUAUCCCACAACCAAUGACCCGCAGCAGCAACUCUUAACGGAUGGCUAUGUGGAUAAGGCCCGUUUAAGGCAAAUCAGAUCACCCACACCUCAGCGUAAAGAAUCGUUUAAGUCCCAAGAGGUUAAAUUGCGAAAUCCCUUAAAUAAAGCCUCCACGAAUCUGCUAGCCAUGCGCCAUAAAUCACAAAGUACUGAAAGUUUUUUUGAACAGCCACACGAUGAAGGCACUAUUUAUUUAUAUGGUGGACGUAAACGUAUAGUUAAAGCUCCUUCUACUACCAAUCUCUAUGAUCGUAUUAAAAAGCAAGCAGGAUCGGAGUUAACGCCUAAACAAAUUAAGAAAUAUAAUUCCCAAUUAAAUUUACCAACUGAACAGCGUAAAAUAUCAACAAAAAACCCUACUAAAAACGAUCAUGACACUUUGAAACCCUUAAUACCACCUCCGCUCUGGAGGGGAGCUAAAAGAAUGAAUCUAAAGGCUAGUCCUCAACUCAAUAAUUAUCAAAUUUUAGAUCAUAAUAACAACAAUAUUAACACUAACAGACAAGACUCUAAAAUAUGCAAUCUGCAAAGAUCGGAAGAAACAAACAAGACUAAUAAUAUGAAUCAAAACAAUAAGACCACGACUACACAGUACAAUACUAAAUUAUUAAACCACUAUAAUGCCGAUAACAAACCUAAUACUAAUGAAAAUGAAGCGGUCCAACAACAUCAACAACAAAAACAUAUGGAACCACAACAACAACAGCAGCAAACACCAUAUCGUAUGGCUCGCUCCUCUAGUCGCGUUGAUGUUAGUGACAUGGAAUCGAUUUAUGGUUAUUUAAAACCCCGUAAACCCCGCAGUUUAAGCAUGAAGAAAAUUCAAAUACUUGAUUAUUAAUUCUCUAUAACUGGUCCGUUUCUAUUCAUGCAAACUGUUUACACUAGGAGGUUUGAUUUGAUUUUUGUUUUCUGUACCAAAUGAAGGUUUUGUUUUGUUAAUUAUUUCGUAGUAGUUGGAGGUGUUUAAUUUUUUAAAAAAUAGUUUUUUCAAAACUAUUUCUUUUUUAAAUAUCUGCUGUAAAUAUUUUCUUAAAGCUUUUAUAUCCUUAUAUUUACCCUGAUUUUUUUUUUUUUACCCAAUUUACUUAAGACCCUUGGUACGGUUUAAACAAAUUUCGUUCAUUUUUUCCGGGAACGGUUUUUUUGCACUAACUUUUUUUUACACUUUUUAUCAUAAUUUUAUUUUACUAUAUUGAGUUAAGAAUAUGACAAAGAUGGAAAAAUUGGAACAAAUUUGGAACUUUGGUUGAUGGAAGUUUAUAAUGUUUAUUUCUUUAUUACAGCUGGUUUGGAAUAGUGGUCCCUUAGGGGGGGAAUAACAAAAUUUAAUCAUGUUUAAAAAUAUCUGAAAUUUUACUAGUAUUUGGGUCCAAGAAAAAGAAAAUUGUUCUAAAAUAGAAGUUUUACUUCGGAAUAUAUAAAAUAAUAUAAAAGGCCCUCUAUGAGGAAGCACAAAGAAAAUACUAGAAUAAAUCAAUUUACACUAUAUUGAGCCAAUUAAAGGCACUUCAAAAAUCGGAAAUUUGAUAGAUUUAAACUUCCUUCUAUAAAAGCUGCUAAAGGAAUGAAUUCUCUUCUACCAUUUUACUAAAUCAUAAUAAUUGUAUUUACGGCAGUUUUUCUACAUUAACACCGAUCUUUGGUGCCUCUACACCCAAAGGAACGCCCAGAAGUUUAAGUCAACUACAGAUUAGACAACAUCUAAGUUUGAGUGGAGCAAGAAUCUGAACAAUAACGAAUUAAAGCGAAGUGUUUUAAAGUGCUGGUAUCAACAUUUCCCUGCUGAACUGAGAUUAACCAAUUACAAGUCUAGACAUCGAUGAUUAGUCAAGUCACCGAUAACUAUAGAUUAUAUAGAAAUCGAAACCACAUUUACAACACUAGAAAGAGGUGGCAGUAGCAAGGUGUCUUCUUUAGAUAGUUUUCUAAUAGAAAAAUUUCUUUUUUGACAGUUAUCUUAUAGGAAAGUAUUCUUAUUUAGAGAUUUUUCUUAUAGAAAAGUUUCUUUAUUAGAUAGUUUUCCAAUUGGGAAGUGUAUUCUGUGGACAGUUUUCUUAAAGAAAAGUUUCUUCAUAAAAAGUUUUCUUAUAGAAAAGUGACUUCUGUAGAGAGUUUUAAAAUAGAAAAAAGGUCUCUUUU